AUGGAAAAGCACAACAUUUUAAAAAUUGAACAAGAACAUGUAAAAAUUGAAGACAAAAAGUUAGCUUUAUAUUCAAAAUGGUUGUCAGUCAAUCCUAAAGCAACAUGGAGAGAUGUCACUGAUGCACUGACUAGUAUAAAAGAGAAUACAUUAGCUCAAAAUAUUAAAGAUCUUAUAGACCUUGACACUACUGCUCUGUCUGCCAAGACAUCAUUAGAUCUAUCACCAAGUGCACCAAGUUUUGAUGGUGAUACUGAAAUAAUUUUUUUUUCAAAAAAUGAUCAAGCAGUUCAAGACUCUUUGGAUGAAUUACAAGCAAAAUUUUCUCACAUAAUGAGAAAUUUAAAAUCAACUUUUCGUAAAAAAGUGAAUGAAAAUUCACAGAUAUCUAUUGAGAUAUCUGAUUGGAUUGAGAAUCAGCUCCACUGGGAGCAUGGCACAGUAGAUGAUAGUUUAGAUGAUAUUUUCAAGAAGAUCUAUCAUUAUUAUGAUUUCAUUGAUUGUAGUCUGAUAGUUGCUAUGUGUAAUGAGUUUAUAAGUGAUGAAAAAGAUCUACUUGAUGAACUGAAGGUUUAUACAUUGAAAGCUAAUGCAUUUCGUUCAUCAAGACCAAUUACUGAGCUCAAACAAAAGAUACGUAAAGUGUAUGGGCCUUAUAGAAGAUGUUUGGAGAAUAUGCCACUAAUAUGCAUUGAACUUCAAAAUCCUUGGAAUGAUGUUAAAAUUAAUGGAUUGUAUAUUUUAAUCAAAAAAUUGCUCCCAAUAGAACUUAGACAGUCAAUAAUGAAAUAUAUCACUAUUGAGGAAGGAUCUGUUGUCAUGAAGAUAAAUAUUCUUGACAUUAAAAGUGAUAGUGUAAUAGAAUAUAUCGGAGGAAAGUUUCAGUUAAUGCAUCUCAUUGGUAUAUUCAGUGUAUACAUUACUGAUUAUCCUGUCCUUCAAGAAGAUGAGAAUAUGAACUUCACCUUUGAACUAGCUAUUUUUGAGGCAGUCACAACUUGUAAUAAUGAAGCAUUACAGUUUCUUCUUCAACUAGAAGCUACUAAUAUUGACCAUACUAAUGAAGAAGGCAAGACAGCACUAAUGUUAGCCUGUAAAAGAGGACACAAGGACAUUGUACACAGUUUACUGUCUGCUGGAGCUAAUGUUAACUUUCAGUGUAAAAAAGGAUGGACUGCACUAAUGAUAGCAAGUGAACAUAAUGACAUUUCAAUCGUUCGUAUGUUACUACAAGCUAAUGCUAAUCCUCACCUGAAGAUAUUAGAUGGAGCAAAUGCUUUAAUGGUUGCUAGUGGCAGUGGUAGCUAUGAAGUUGUUAAGCUAUUAAUUAGUAGAGGAGUUGAUUAUAAAUAUCAACAAAAGGAUGGAGGGAGUGCCUUUAUGUUUGAACAAGUUGAUACUAGUCUUCAAACAAGUGAUGGUUGGAAUGCUUUUAUGUUGGCCUGUCAAAAAGGUCACACUCAAAUAGUUGAACUGUUGCUCAAGGCACAUGUUGAUCCAAAUAUUCAAACAAACAAUGGUUGGAAUGCAUUUAUAUUUGCUUGUGGAAAUGGCCACACUCAAAUAGUUGAACUGUUGCUAAAGGAACAAGUUGAUCCUGAUGUUCAAACAAAUGAUGGUUGGAAUGCUUUUAUUUUGGCCUGUCAAAAUGGUCAUACUCAAAUAGUGGAACUGUUGCUGAAGGAAAAAGUUGAUCCUAAUGUUCAAAGAAAUGAUGGAAUGAAUGCUUUUAUGUUUGCUUGUGGAAAUGGUCACACUGAAGUAGUUGAACUUUUGCUAAAGGAACAAUUUGAUCCUAAUGAUAAUCAAAAUAAUACUUUUAUGGCAGCUUGUAAAAGUGGUGACACUCAAAGAGUUGAACAGUUGUUGGAGGAACAAGUUGAUACUAAUUUUCAAACUAAUGAUGGUUGCAAUGCUUUCAUGAUGGCUUGCCAAAAUGGUCACACUCAAAUAGCUAAAUUGUUACUGAAGGAACAAGUUGAUCCUAAGAUUCAGCAAAAUGAAGUUGAACUGUUGCUAAAAGAAGAAGUUGAUCCUUAUGUUAAAAAUAAUGAUGGUUGGAAUGCUGUUAUGUUUGCUCGUGCAAAUAAUCACACUGAUAUAGUUAGACUGCUUUUGCUGAACCAACAUAGUGAAGCUAAAAUUCAAGAUAAUAAUGCUUUGAUGUUGGAUUAUGAAACUGAUAAGACUCAAAAUGUCAAACAGUUGCUACAGGAACAAGUUGAUCCUAAUCUCAAAAAAAAUGAUGGAAGGAAUGAUUUUAUAUUGGCUUGUCAAAAUGGUCACGCACAAAUAGUCAAACAGUUACUGAAAGAACAAGUUGAUCCUAAUGUCAAAAGAAAAGAUGGAAGGAAUGCUUUUAUGUUGGCUUGUCAAAAUGGUCACACACAAAUAGUUAAACAGUUGCUGAAGGAACAAGUUAAUCCUAAUAUUCAAAAAAAUGAUGGAGGAAAUGCUUUUAUGUUGGCCUGUCAGAAUGGUCAUACUCAAAUAGUUAAACUGUUGCUAAAGGAACGAAUUGAUCCAAAUGUUAAAAAGACAGAUGGUUGGAAUGCUUUUAUGUUAGCUUGUGCAAAUGGUCGUAUUCAAAUAGUCGAACUAUUGCUAAAGGAACAAGUUGAUCCUAAUGUUCAACAAAAUGAUGGACGGAAUGCUUUUAUUUUAGCUUGUCGAAAUGGUCACACUCAAAUAGUGAAACUGUUGCUCAAGGAGCAAGUUAUUCCUAAUGUUCAACAAAAUGAUGGAAAGAAUGCAUUUAUGUUGGCUUGUCAAAAUGGUCACACUCAAAUAGUGGAAUUGCUGCUAAAGGAAAAACUUAAUCCUAAUAUUCAACAAAAUGAUGGAAGCAAUGCUUUCAUGUUGGCUUGUCAAAAUGUUGAACUGUUGCUAAAGGAAGAAGUUGAUAUUAAUGUUCAACAAAAAAAUGGAAGCAAUGCUUUCAUGCUGGCUUGUCAAAAUGGUCACACUCAAAUAGCUGAACUGCUGCUUAAGAAACAAGUUAAUCCUAAUGUUAAACAAAAUGAUGGAAUGAAUGCUUUUAUGUUGGCUUGUCAAAAUGGUCACACUCAGAUAGUUGAAAUGCUGCUGAAGGAACUAGUUGAUCCUAAUGUUCAGCAAAGAAGAGGUUACACUGCUUUAAUGUUAGCUAGUUUUAAAGGACGUUAUGAAAUAGUUAAGUUAUUAUUAGAAUGGAAAGCUGAUCCAACUAUUAAAUCUAUUAAAGGGCACACUGCAUUAUUACUAGCCCGGACUGUUGAAAUAUCUGCAUUGAUUAAUAAUUAUAUAAAGAAAGGCAAUGAAGAUGCAGGAA